CUGGGCGAACCCACUCCAACGGUCCCAGACCAAGGGCAAGGGAUCACAUAUGCUGAACUGCGUGUGCAUCGUAAAUCUGAAAGGACCAGCAGAUCUGAGACUUCCCCUUCUGGUCCUGGAUCCCAGUGUUCAAGCUGGUUCUAUGUUGCUCUAGUCCUGGGGCUUAUCGCACUGGUUUUCCUGGCUGUUCUAAUCACUUUUUUCUGGAGGGGAAAUUGUAAGAGUCCAUCCAUGCUCAGGACAACCUGCACUGAAAACACUACAUCUUCAGGGGAAUCUCCAUGCACAGGGAUGGCAAUCAGUGGAUUAAUGGACGAUCUGUGUGAAGAUAGAGAGGGAAGAACCGAGUGUCUGCUCUGCCCCACAGGGUGGAUGCUGCACAGCGGGAGAUGUUACUAUUUCUCAGAGCAGUCGGGGAUCUGGGAUGCCAGUAUGCGAAAUUGUUCAGGCAGGAAAUCCCAGCUGCUUGUUGUUGAAGAUGAGGCUGAGAUGGCAUUUAUAGCAACCAGAACAGAAAAGAAAUAUUUCUGGAUUGGAUUAAACUUUCAAGAGAAAGAGGGAAGAUGGAUGUGGCUUGGUGACUCCCAGUUAGAAGGGCACAGGCUGAGCUUGGUGAUGGUAAAUGGAACUGGAGAUGGCAAGAAUUGUUCUGCUUUCAACAAGGAGAAGUUACACCCUGAGAAAUGCCCGAAUUUACACAGAUGGAUCUGCAAGAAAAAUGCAACCACACUGGCUCCCUGGAACACCCCAGAACAUGAGACACCAUCCCUUGUAGGAUGAUGCUUUUUUUGUACUUUGUGAUAUUUUAAUGUAAAUAAUCGUAAGAGCAUUGCACCGCAACCAUAGCAUUCAGCAAUCCUGUGUCAAUUGUUCACUGGCUGCAUUAGAGAUAGGUUUGUAUUGUAAUCCCCUGUAGCUCCUGGUGUCCAAGGAUAGACGAUGUUUAGCAAAACUGAUUAUAAUAAUUGAUGCACGAUAAAUAAACUAAUAGCACAUUCGAUCUAGGGCAGUGCCUUUCCCCCCUUUCAGCUAGAGCAACCUCACCCCAUUUUAUUCACUUAUUCACAUUCCAAAUGCUUUUUGUUUUAGGCCAAUCCAUUUCUCUUAAGAUUUAAUGCCAAAUGACAUGUACAUAAAUACGGAAAUGCCUGUGAAUAUCUGCUCUGUAUUAAGAAAUGGCCCCUCUUUUUUUGCUUACUUUCAACUUUUGUAUUAUUAAGAUUUUCAAGUAGAAACUCUUAUGCAAUGGAAGGUUAUUUCCUGCCCCUUGGUUUAGCUGCAUUAGUGGGAACCAUUUUGAUUCCUCUGACCAGCCGUGCCCAAAGAUGACUUAUGUGUACAUUGUGAGUAAAUGUCAAUAUUAAUUAACUGGACAGGAAAAAUACUAUUCUAACACAUGGGGAACUAAGGCACUUUGGCCCAGAU